AUGCCUGGAUUGAUAAUCGAAGACAGUAAACGCUCACUCGUUUUAAGAUCUUCAAGUCUUUUCGUAAACAUCAACGGAUUUGUCGCUAGUACAUUAGCUCGCUUGUGUUAUUUCAAUCAAUUUGAUGAUGAAGCCGAGGCUGUAUUUGUUUAUAAUGACAACGCGACGUUUAUAACAGAUUUCCGAGCGACAAUUGGUCAACGUAAAAUACACAGGGAAAUACGAGAAUUGCUGAGCGAAAAGGAAGCCGAGCGUUGUUCUGUCCAAGAUCAAAAUGAUUUAGUAAUUAGUAUCGGAAAAAUCCCACCUAAUGCGUCAGUCUUGUUAGAGGUUGAUGUCCUAGGCGAAUUACAAACCACAGACAAUGGGCAAGCAUUAGUUUUUGAAACACCUGAAAUUUUUACCCCAUUCCAUAGCGAGUUUAGCGAAGGCUGCAGUACAGGGCAAGCGUAUAAGUUUGAUCUAAAGAUUAGAAGUGAUAUACCAUGCCAGCUGGCUGGGUGUCAUUCUCCUUCACAUGCAAUUCAAGUUGACGCAGAUGCAAAUGCGACGAGUGCAGAGACAGUAAUUAUAACAUUAGCUGAACAGUUUAGAUAUGAUCGACAAAUCCAAGUGUAUUUUUAUCCAGCCAAGUCACUUGAUGUAUAUACAAGUAUAGAGCCAGGCAUAGGUACGGCACAGGAAAUAAACAGUUCUCCUAAGAAUAGAAGAUAUUCCAUGGUAAAUGUUAAUCCUCGAACAUUCACAAAUUCUUUGCACAAAACAAUCGAACGUAAAGAAUCAUUUUUAAGAAAUGAGAUUGUCGAUCCCAAAGCAAAUGAGCACAAAGACGUUUUAAUAAGCGAUAAUAUAACACAACAUCCAAGUAAAGAUUUCUCAAACAACAUAAAUGAAAACAUCAUUCAUAAAAGAUCUAGUCAUCCUCUCGUGUCUCACUCCAACACGAAUUCAGAACAUGUUUUGCGAGACGAGUCCUGUAUAAAAGAACGCUCCAGUACACUAAAAGACAACGUAUGUCCUGAAGAUUACAGAAAUAACGAAGUAAAAGCAACACCCUGUUUGACAGAAGACUCAAAAUAUCUGUUUACCAACAGCGCAAACGAAGAAAUGGAUGGGAAAUAUAUUUCCUGUAAAGCAGAUUCAAAUAGAUACCAGAUAGAUUCAACUUAUCAUGUUUUAGAGAAAUCCACUUCUGUCAACUUAUUUCUGGAGGAAAACUUGCAUGACAUUAAACCACAGGAGAACUAUACAACCCAAAGAUUUCUGCGCACAAAUUCUUCAGGCAAAGAUGGCAGUGGUCAUUCUUAUUUCAAAGAGGGAUACACCAAUAAUUUCAGCAAUGGCACAACUAUUGAUUCCGUAAGCAAAGCCCGCCAAGACCCUCUUCUUUUUAAAGAAAAUGUUGAAAGCAAUAGCAAAGAUAUUGUCGUAGGCAAUCAUGUGGAUUCCUCAUGCACCACUACAAGUUCAAGUUGGGUGCUAAAAUAUCCCAAAAAAGAUGUCACAAACUCUGUAGAAAAUUGCGGUAGUGCAAAUCAUUGUGCAGUGGAAAAUAACAAUCUGAAUUCAAAAAGCAGUAAUCAUAGACGAUCAAGACAUUUCCUCAGUGAUUCAAUCAUCGCUGCUAGUUUUCUUCCCGAUCUAUCAAACUAUUCUGUUUGUGGAGAAUAUAUCUUUAUGCUCGAUCGAAGUGGAAGUAUGAAUGGCUCACAUAUUUGUAAUGCUAAAGAAAGCUUGGUGUUAUUCUUAAAGAGUCUUCCUACAUCCUCCUACUUCAAUGUGGUGAGCUUCGGCUCCUACUCACGUUCUCUAUUUCCUUGUAGUCAAAGAUAUACUCAAGACAGUUUAGAGAAAGGUUGUGCAUAUGUGAACAGUAUUAAAGCGGAUAUGGGUGGUUCUGAGCUUCUACAGCCUCUGAAAGCAGUGUUAGAGAAACCACAUAAAGCAGGGUACAUGAGGAAUGUGUUUGUGCUUACGGAUGGAGAUAUUGCACAACCUGACGCCAUUUUGAGAUACCUGAAGACGAAACGUCACAAAGCAAGGUUAGUGUAGCCUGUGUUCUGACUUUUUCACGGGCAGAAAGUCGGGCUGUUUGCAGGCAAGGUUAUAGUGAAGUUAGCAUAAAGUUAGGCUGAAAAAUCGUCAACAUGAUGCUUAUUAAUUAAAGGGCAUGCAUGCAUCUAUCUGAAAGAUUGAAAGCAAAAGAUUCGAGCAAAAGAUUGAGCCAUACAAGCCUACUACCUUUCACUUAUAGCGAAACACAAUUAACGCGCCUUCGCUCAAAAUGUACAGUAUUUUCUAUAAUUUUCACGUGGUUGCAUCACUGUCAAUGAUACACUAGUGAAGAAAUUUCACAAAAUCAAAAAUGGCAGCUCUGUUUCACCGCUUCAAAUAAAACGAAUGAUUAUUGCGGUCAAAGUAAUUGGCCAAAAGCUGUUGUGACUUCCCUGUCACUCUUUGUUAUGUUAUUUAAUGAAUUUAUUAAGGGUUUUGUUAUGUAAUGACAAUGUGACAAAGCUUUUAAAAUAUAAAAUAUAGUUAUAAAUCGUCUUCAUGCCACUCUGACAUGACUGACGUUUGGUUCAUAGGCUAGGACGCCACUGCAGAGCUAAUCUCGUAUCCAGAGUUAAAGUACAUUUCUGUUACUCUAGAAUUUUCACCUUUGGAAUUGGUCCAAAGAUAUCCCACAAUACCGUGUGCGAUAUUGCAAGAAGUGCCCAAGGAAAAGCUUAUUUUCCAGAACCUGGUAACAAAGUUCAAACUAAGGUACGAUGCUAACAGUUAUUUUUUUUAUAAAACUAAUUACGUUCUAAUCAAGUUCAGAGUUCGAUCAAAUAAAGUGUCGUAUAACGCAGACAUUUUGCAUAGGCUUUGAAAAGAUUGCUUCAAAACCACUCAGAUAUUACUCUGCAUUUAAUCUUUUGAAAUGAUAUGUUAUUCUCUGAAUUAUUUUUUCUUUCAGUUCAGGACUGAUAGCCAUCUCACACCUAGCUCGUAAAACCUUUAGCAAACAGCAUGAGCGGCCAUGAAUAAACUAAUAAACAAACUCAAGCCAAAAUUAAGCAUCCUAGUGAUUCAAUAUUUCAUCAAGACGAAUAACAAUAAUAAUAGUUUGUUUCAAUAUAUCUGUGUCCUGAAAAAGUUCAGUAGGUUAUUUUAUUUAAUUAUUUAUUAUGUAUUUUAUAUAUAGGUCAUUCAAUGUCUGAAAGAGGUCCUGAAGCCAACGUUAUGCGAGGUUAAGGUUGACUGGCAGCUCCCAACCAACUGGCAGCUAUUACGAGCCACUCCUGAGAUACCGUUCUCGCUUUCUGACCAGCGGAUUAACCUGUAUGCUUCAGUACAGUUACCAUCUAGAGCACAGUCCAGAGAAAAGUCGAGCAGUGUGAAAGAAUUUUGGUUUGAUGAAGAGCUGGAUUCCUGUCAACUGGGGGAUAACAUGUUCUUCGAGGACUUCCAAGACAACGAGGAAUUUCCUGGAUAUUGGGGGACGGAUUCAGACAUAUCCACAUCGGAUUGUGAGCAGCAGUACGACGAAAAAAUCGGAAGUGAUCGGGAGUAUGACGUCGGAAAUGAUCGGAACGGCAUCGUGUCUGACCAGUGGUCUGACCUUGUGACAGAAGAGAUGAAAGAUAAUGAAGAGUCUGGUGACAAGUUUGAGGGUACUGAAAAGAUAACGGACCAAUCAAAUGUCGAGGAUAUUGUCAAAAACUGGCGGGAAGCAAGAAAUAUCCGUCUGUAUUCGAGUGAUACAAGCACAGAAACUGAAGAUGAAUGCCAAGCAGACUGCAGUGGAAAUCACUGGAACAUUCACUAUAACAACCCUUUAGACAUUGAUUAUAGCAGAAGUAUGUCCCCACCAGAGAAAGACUUAAGUCAAAGAAAUUACGAUUUAAACCAGAACCUUCUAAACUCGGUCACCACUUACGGUGGAAUGGGAACCAGUGAUGACGUCAUAAAUAACCUUGGUCACGUGACUGACAUGAGUACUGACGAUUCAGAAGAUAUCAUGGACAACAAUAUAGACGUCUCGACAACAAAGACUUGCGUUUCUCCUCUUAAUGCCUCUGAUGAUAGCCGUCAUCUCAGUAAUAACGCCAUGUGCAAUGACAUCACUCAUAAUGAUGUCAUAUACAAUGACGACGUUAUCCAUAAUGACGUCAUACACAAUGACGUAAAGAGUAUUUACAUCACAGAUAACGGCAACCAAGCAGAUUGCAUCCGACAGAAUGAAGUUUACAUCAGAAGUUGUGAUACGAGCAAUACUGCCAGUGGUAACAAGAACAGCAAAGAGAAUGUUAUUGACUGCAACAACUUAGAGAACAUCCCAUGCAGUAACUACGACAUAGAUGAUGGCAUCAACGAAUCUCCUGAGUUAACAAAGGAUAAAACAGAUUCUGACUGGGGCAGUAUUUUAAUAAGCGGUUAUAUAGGACCUGAUAUCCACCGAGAAAGAAUUCCACUUUGUUUGAGUCGAAAUACAAGUAAAGGUAUUUUACUUCAUCAAAUGGCUGCAAAGAAGUUGAUUGAUGGCCUGGAGGCCAUAUUGGACAGCACGCCUGAUAGUUCGAGAGUGGAAAGAGAGAUCGUGACGUUGAGUAAAGAGUCACGUGUUCCUUCAAGUAUGACGUCUUCAAUGUCAAUCAAUGAUACGGGAAAUAUGAUUGGCGUUUCCCAGAAUUCCUUGGGUUUAACUUUGAGGUAAAUAUUUGCAUGUGUGAGGAUAGAGCAAAGUAGGUGAAGAAGUAGGAUAUGAUUAGUAUUCAACUCAACUCACUCAACUCAAUUUAUUUUUGCAAUAAGUAGAUAAGCAAGCAGGGAAAUAUAGUGUAAAGAUGGUUAACUGGCAGAUAUAUAUAUAUAUAUAUAUAUAUAUAUAUAUAUAUAUACACUGGAUCCAGAAAAGUUUGACCUUCGAAUAUAUAUAUAUGUCGGCCAUUUUGAAUUUUCUUGGGUUAGUUAUACGCGAACGCAUACAUCAAAUGUCGCUCGCAACGUAUUGUAUAUUGCAAUAUUAUUCCAACAGCUCAAAUGAAUAAAAGAAUCAUUGAUUGAUGUCUUUGCACAUAAUCAUAAUGGCUAGUAGGAAAUGAACAUUUGGAAAUGUAACAUAGUGACCUGCUUCGCCAGGUCACGAAUGCUGCGCGUGCUGAGUUUCAGGGGAUGAAAUAUCGAAUGACUAUCGAUUCCGUUAAAAUUUCCGUUGGCAAAAUAUAAUAAUUCUGGACGUAGGUUACAGCUGUAAAAUAAGCACAAGUGAGUACGAAAGAAUAAACAAAGAAAUUCAUCGAGGCAUGCUAAUAAGCGUCUAAAUCUCUAAGGAUGCAAAAGAAUAAAUUACGACAUGCCAAAAAGAUCAGGUUCCAAAUUGUGACAAGAGUUAAUUAGCUAACAACCCUCAAAUGUUCAUUAGAUAGCUACUGCAAAUAUGUGUAAGAACUUCAAGCAAUGAUCCUUUACUUAUUUGAGCUGUUGGAAUAUUGCAAUAUACAGUACGUUGCGAGCGACAUUUGAUGUAUGCGUUCGCAUAUAAUUAACCCAAGAAAAUUCAAAAUGGCCGUCAUAUAUAUAUAUUCGAAGGUCAAACUUUUCUGGAUCCAGUGUAUAUAUAUAUAUAUAUAUAUAUAUAUAUAUAUAUAUAUAUAUAUAUAUAUAUAUAUAUAUAUAUAUAUAUAUAUAUAUAUAUAUAUAUAUAUAGGUAGACAUAUAAAGUGGAAGGUAGAUAAAUAGAUAGGUACAAUCAUGUGUUGGAACAGAUAGCCCAAAACCCUAGGUUGGGUGUAUGCAGUAAUAAGUUUUAUAUAUAUCUGAAGCAAGAACUUCAGUCACUUGAAUUCGGUCUAUACGAAAAGGCCAAUAGCUAUGAAGGUAGUAAACAGUAUUAUAAAAUAACAUGUAUAUAACGCGUGCUCUGAUUGGUCGAAACCCGUGUUUGGAUCAGGCCAUCCAAACACGGAAGACUAUCGUGUUGUUGUUAUUUUCGGCUCGUGAUUUUGCGUGCUUUUCACAACUCUCGCAACAUUCCCGCGUGUUUGGAUCAGGCCAUCCAAACACGGAAACCAUAAAGUAUUUGUAUAUUCAUACCAUUUUUCCCUAAUUCCAGUAAAACCGUAUCGCUAAUCAAGUUAUCGGUUCAUAAAAUCAUAAUACUAUUCCCUUAAAUCGAAGUCAAAAUAACAGACAAAAACACCUGAGAAGGGGUAUCCAAUACUCAAUAGCUCCAAAUAUAUAUGGAUCUCACUGGGUGUAUGUGUGUAGGAAGGUAGGUAUAUUUUAUGGAAGAAAGAACAAGCUAACAGAAUAAAGAUCAUGAGAAAAAUGUUUCGUUUCAGACGACGUAAACAGCAACAAAGAAAUUGUCCAAAACUAACAAGAGGAGAAAAUCCACCAGCCAUCCUCGUUAGUUGUCCGAGUGUUGACAAAGAACCACGGUCACCUACGAAACGAAGACUCGGGAUGCCGACGGAAGGCGAUGCUAUUUCGGACGAUGGGAAAUAUUAUCGCAUUGAAAGACUGGAUCCUGAAGGAUGCGAUGAAGUUAAACGUGAAACUCGCCGGAAGAGACUCGUGGAUUGUCGUAAUAUCGCCGUAACGGCAAUUCAUCGUCGGAAAAUUGUCAGCACAAGGUUAACUUUAUUGACAAGAAAAAUGAGGAAUGCCCACAAACUGAAUGUUUUUGCAGGUAAAGUUCCCUCCAUCUUACGAUUUAUUCGUCAAUAUCUUGGAAGAGACAGAGAAUGGAUCUUUGCUAAUUUUUCAUAUGUGGGAAAGGUGCAUCCAGUUUGACCUUACCAAACACCAAACGUUUCUAAUAAUGGAUGGCCCUCACAAAUGAUACAGCCUGACUGUCCCAAGUUGCUUAGCCCAUCAAGAUAGAACAUUCCCAUGGGCCUACGCGUUCUAUUGUUCCAAUCCGCAAACGCCUGCAAAUUUGAGGGACUGUGGAAGAAUUAGUGAUAGACCUAUUGAGUAGAAAUCAAGAAAAGAUAGGCUCCUCAGAAUGAUUAACCUGCACUGGACCCCUAGGAAGAACAAUAUAGAACAGCUACCCAGUAAUGGUUUAGUGGUUUACAACUUGAUCUGUAUUGUGUAAAUCAAACACACAACUCAUUUAAGACAGGCGAGCUGUUGAUUUACACAGUGCCACUCAAGUUGUAAGCACGUUGCAUGUGACAGUUUUAGGAAAAGGUUGUGUAGUGUAAAUCUGCCUUAACAAGAAUUGUUCUCCCUCUAGGGCCACCAUUUAUUCGUCUUAUCCUCCUCCAAUAUGCUGAAGGAUUCUGGCAACUAACCUACGCCUUUGCGCGUAUAAUUGGCCUUCCUUUAGUUCAGUUAGAACUUGCAGCACCAUUUGUAGACUCCACAAUGAUUCCCUUGGCAGAACAGGACGAUAGACUGGGAAUAGAUUGUUACUACGACUCCCUAGCGUUAUGGGCUACUGCCUUGGCCUUGGUAUAUCUCAAAAGAAAAUGGACGAGCCACGAAAAAGACUGGGUACUAAUAGCUAUCAAAGCCGAAGCUUGGUUACAAAGGCAGACGUUUCCUCAAGGUUUUGGGUAUAUAGAUGUGAUGUUAGCUGCAAAACAGGCAAUAGUUUUGUUAGAACAGAAGUACAGGUCACGAGCGAAAAGUGAGCCUGUUGGUUUGAUAGAAUGA